AUGUCUCAACUAUUAAAUCUUACUUCAAACGAUAAGGAACAGCUGGCUAAUUUUAUGGGUCAUGAUUUAGCUAUACACAAUGACUAUUAUAAGCUACCAGAUGAAACAUUACAAAUUAGUCGAAUAAGCAAAAUACUAUUAGCGAUGGAGUCUGGAAAUGUGCAUGAACUACGAGGUAAAACAUUAGAAGAAUUUGAUGAAUAUAUGAUGCCUAAUGAUACAGAAGAUGAAGAUGAAAAAGAUGAUAGUGAAGGUAACAAUGAUGAUUCAAUAUCCAAAGAAAAUAGUUUGACUAAACAAUGUGACAAUGAAUAUUAUUAUAAUGUACCACCUACAGCAGACACAAAACAGGGGGAAAAGUUAAUUAAAAGGCCAAAUUCAAAUGGAUUGAUUGAUAUAUGUAGUAACCAUCGAGGAGCCUAUGACACUGUACAUAUGUUGAUGGUAUUGCCUUUGCUGCCGACAAAUUGUAUGGCUGAAGGUUUUGAAACUGCAAGGAUCAACUUGACUUUUAACUUGAACGAUUAUAAUGAGGCUACUGAUGGAGGACAAGUAAGAGAACCUCAACGACAAGUUUGGAUAGAUCAGCAAAGGAAUUUAGAUAGAUCAUUGAGGCUGUUUAUAGAAGGACGCUACUCAAUGUCAGAAUUUUUAAUAUGUGCUAGGCAUUCAACACCAAAUUUUGGUGUAAUACGGCCUCAACACCAAGCUAUUAUAAUACUUCCUGCUGCUGUCUUUCCACAAGCUCCACUAGCUUUAUUACCACUCCCCGUUGAUCAGUAUCGGAAACUGCAACUUCCAGCUAUUCCUGUACUCCAUGCUACUGCUUUACCACAGGCACCACUACAAGAAGCACCAACUUUAUUACCACUGCACGUUGAUCAGCAUCAGGAACUAAUUCGAGAUGAAAUAAUGAGAAGGAUUUUACCACGUAGACCAGCAGUGCCCGUUCCUCGAGAUAGUUUUUAUUAUCUCGAUGCUGAUGCAGAUAAUUCAGAUGAAGAUGUGUCUAACGAACAGUCUGUGAUACCAUCAGUUAUUUACAUUGAACGUGUAGAUUUGACAAUUGUACCAAUAGUAGAGGAAACAUGUUACAUAUGUUUGUACAGUCCACCAACAAUAGUAGCGUAUCCAUGCUUACACCAAGGCCUAUGCGGAGCUUGUCAUGAUAGCUAUUCAAGAAUGCCUCCGAAUGAGCACAGGCCAUAUUACCGCUGUCCACUUUGUAGAGCUGGAAUAGAAAUCUACUAUAUAUUAACAUGA